AUGAAGUCUGUCUUUGUCGCCGCUGGCGUUCUCGCCCCCCUGGCUGCUGCCCACAGCAUCUUCCAACAGGCUGGCAGUGGAUCGAUCGACUUCGGCACAUCAUGCACUCGCAUGCCGCCCAACAACUCUCCCGUCACCAGCGUUGGCAGUUCUGAUCUUGCCUGCAAUGUCGGUGGUUCGCGCGGCGUUGCUGGCCUUUGCGAGGUGAGCGCCGGUGACUCCUUCUUCGUCGAGAUGCACGCCCAGCCCAACGACCGCUCCUGCGCCAACGAGGCCAUCGGCGGGAACCACUUCGGCCCCGUCAUCGUCUACAUGGCCAAGGUCAACGACGCCAAGACGGCCGAUGGCGCCUCUGCCUCGUGGUUCAAGGUCGACGAGUUCGGCUACGACGCCGGCAGCAAGACCUGGGGCACCGACACCCUCAACAAGAACUGCGGCAAACGGACGUUCAAGAUCCCCAGCAAGAUCCCCGCUGGUGACUACCUCGUCAGAGCGGAGGCCAUCGCUCUUCAUACCGCCGGCUCGAGCGGUGGUGCGCAGUUCUACAUGAGCUGCUACCAGGUUAGAGUUGCCAACAGCGGCAGCGGUCAGCUUCCUGCUGGUGUUAGGCUUCCGGGUGCUUACAGCGCUUCUGACCCUGGUAUUCUCAUCAACAUCUGGGGCGACUUUGGUACCUACAAGGUCCCCGGACCUGCCGUCAUUGACCAGAGCUACUUCUAA